GCAGCAUUACGCUCUUCUUCAAAAGUGAAUAAAACAUCAAUUUUACAUUCGAAAAAAUAUUCGGUGAGGGCAUGACUAUGUCUUUUGUGGUUAAUUUUGUGUGCACCACCUUCUCUCCUUCUUGUGUUUUUAUGGAGCACAACAACUUCAUCUUCAUUAUGAUCAUAAAUUUUAAAGCGUCUUCGCUGUCUACAUCAUCAGCUUCUUCAGCGUCUCACCUCAUUUAUUGGCCAGUCACAAAAAGGUGCGUAUUUGUGGUGUUGCGGUCAUUUGUAUUAGCCACUGAUCAGCCAGUGAUCGCCGAAGAAGUCAACCCUCUCGCCUGCAUUUCAGAUUUGUUUAUAAAGCAUUGUACUAUUUUUGAUUAGCAUUUAGUUGUUUUUUGAUUGUCAGUCGUGAUACACAGCCAUCCGAAGAGUGGAGGUUGCGUUGACACAUUUCGAAUUGAGUCAAAUUGUGUUACUUCAAAUCGGAGUUUCGAAAAUUUAAAUAUUUCAACGGAAAAUUAGAAAAAGAUUACAAAAUGCGUGCAUUUAUAGUACUCUGCCUCUGUGCAACAGCCCUGGCUGCACCUCAGGGAUACAACUACCAACAGACCCAACAAAGUUCGGUUAGUUACAACACCAACAGAGUGGCCGGUAGUUUAGGUGAAAUCAAUCACACAGCCAUUUUGCAAGAGGCCCUGAAAAAGGCACAUUUACAAAAUAGCUUGCUGGGAGGACAAGGUGCAACCACACAAACACAACAGCAAACUCAAUUCUCUGCCGCCCCACAAUUCUCUGCAGCACCACAAUUCGGUCAACAGCAAACGGCUAGCUACUCUCAGGUACAACAGCAACAACCUGCGUUUGUUAGUAAUGUUGUGUCCCAACAACAAGCACCGGCCCAAUAUCAAUCAUAUCAACAGCAACCACAACAACAAUCGUUCCAAUCCCCAUCGACUGUAACCAAGGAUAUUUACGUUCAUGUUGCUCCCGAAGAUGGUGGUGCCGAAUCCCAGCAGCAACAACAAAACUUGCCACCAUUGCCACCCCGCAAACAUUAUCGCAUUGUUUUCAUCAAGACACCAUCUCAAAACGCCAACAAGGCAACCGUGCGCAUUAAUCAAGCCCCCGUUGAAGAGAAGACCAUCAUUUAUGUCCUCACCAAGAAACCCGAUCCUUUGGACUUGCAAGCUGCCAUUCAGGAAGCUCAACCCAAACAGCCCAGCAAACCGGAAGUAUAUUUCAUCAAAUAUAAGACACAGGAAGAGGCCCAACAUGCUCAGCGUACAAUUCAAGCCCAAUACGACCAACUCGGUGGUACCACACAAGUCUCGGAUGAAGGUAUUGCUCCCGUCACCUCUGUCAUUGGAUCCCUGGAUGGUCAAAGUUCCAACGGUUCAGCACAGCAAUCGGUCGGCAGUGGUAGCAGCAGUACAUCGACACUGUCCUCUGGCAGCUCAGCAUCGUCGUCAUCAUCGGCGAAUCUAAGCAAAUAUUUGCCACCUAUUGUCAAACUAUAAAAGGUGUUAAUUGAAUAUUGAGGCCUUUAUGACUGAUUGCCAUUUCAUUGUUAUACAAUAGCAAUGAUGUCUUCUUCUUCUAUCUGUCCCCUCUUCCGCAUCUGCAACUCUCUAUUGUUUUACCACUAAUUAAUUUAAUUAGCCAACAUUUAUCACGUCGGUGGCAACAAAACGCUGUAAAAAUGGGAAGAUGAAUCGAUUUCACUGUCAUUGCAGACAAAAGUGAAAUUGAUUGUCAUUUAAAGUCCCGCUUUGUUGGUUGGUUUGCUUAAUUUAAUAUAAUAACUGAAUGUCGGAUUCAUAAUUGUUUCACAUUUAGUUAAUGUUGUUUAUUUGUUUUAAUUAUUAUUUUUUCCUUUUUUUUAUUUUUUUUUUUUUUUCGUUAAUUAUAAUUAUCCCUUCAUGAUUGACGACCAUUUGCUGUUAUUUGUUAAUAUUAUUUGUAUUAUUGUAUUUUAAGCGUUUUCAUUUGAUUACUAUUUGCCAAAUGGAUUCGUUUUAAUGUGGAUCGUUGUGGCCGCAUUUAGCGAACAAAUAAAAUAUUUACAUAAAAAUAUAUACAUAUUUAAAUAA